GAGAAGGUGAAAUGCGUGUGCGCGAUCAGCUACGAGAAACGGCACCCCGGCAAGAUCGAGAGGGAGAACCUGCCGACCAAAGAAGUGAUUGUCCCCGGCGGAGCGAGACGCAGGGUUGUCAUGUUCAGGCGGGGGAAAAUCGAUGAGUGGGACAUGGACUUGGCUGUGGAGACAGGGGUGAUGGAGUCGGAGGAGGUUGACGACGGCAGUCUCGCGCUCCGCAGCGGACAGUCUGCGGCCAAGUUUGAUGCGCUUGCUAAGAGGGCUGGGAUCACGGCCGAGGACCGCAAGGCGCUGCCUGAAUACCCCGAGGGCGACGACGAUGAUGAGCCGUCAGAGGCCAGUGGCAGCGGUGGUGAGGUUGAUGUAGAGAUGGAAGCGGUACCGUCAGACGAGGAGAUGCCAGACUUGUUUUCCCUCACGAGCCUGCUGGAUGUCCAUGCCCACUCCGCGGCGAUCGCGAAGGCGAAGGCCAAGCCCGCGUCGGCGCCUGCGGCCCAGCAGCCGCCGGGGACGCCUGGGCAGUCCCGUCGGAAACUUCCAAGCACGCCUGCCUCAGGUGGCAAGCCGGCGGCCUCGGGGGGCGACCGCGCGUCCGAUGCCCAGGGCGAGGCCAACAUGAAGAAGAAGUUCAUCGGCAAGACGCCCGUGGACAUCCUGACGCCGCACGGCUACAAGGAUCUCAAGGAGGGCCUCGACAAGAUCGCGAAGAUGCUGGACAGCGACGCCCUCAACACAUGCCUGAUCGGCGACGACUUCGCGGCCUUCAACACGGCCAUGAACGAGAUGAGGAAGUUGGCGUCCGCGAGCAGCAAGAAUUGGGUCACCCUGGACAUCAAGGUCAGGAAAUGGACUUGCAAGCCACCGGCCGUCUUGGAGCUUCUCAUUGACGGUCGCGCCAAGAGCAAGGCGCUCAACGAUGCAGGCAUUGCUUUCACGACUGUGGAGAAGCAGAAGGACGUCCUCAAGAUGGAGAGGGCGAAGCUCCAGUUGAUGGAGUGCGCCCUCACUGUCCCCAUGGGCUUCCACGCGCUCUUCUUCGCCGAGAAGGCUGUCGACCUGAUUCGAUUCAAGGCGAUCCCCGACUUCAUGGAGCACGUUGCCGCUGAUGGCUACUUGGAAGCUUUGUCGGGGUCGUUGCCAGAGGAACAUGGGACUCGGCUCAAGGAGGUCGCUGUGGGCAACGCCAUGGCGAUGUUGGUAAGAGCGCAUGCGGGCGACGUGACUCAGGCAGAGUCACGGGCUGACAUCAUCUCGUUCUGCUCCAUGCUGGCCGCUCCUGAGUCCACUGUCCUCGGCGACAUGGGAAAGCGCGAUGCUCGGAUGAUCGUCGACUCGUUCAAUAAGGGUGGGUGUGGCGACUUUAGCGACGUGAAGACCUUGGCGGCCGACCCGCAGUACGAGGGCAUCUUGAAACCCACUUUCCAGGACAAGGCUUGGGGAGAGCUGGUGGCCGCCGCUGAGGUUCAGGUCAAGAGCAAGCCAGUUUGCGCAACGUUUGCCAUCAAGCGCGCCGCGGAGCAGACGUCAGAGAUCAUCGCGGCGGCCAUCUUCAAGGACGAUGAUAGGGAGGCCUUCGACACUGUCUUGAAAGACGCGUUCAGAAGCUACUACUUCCUCGAGCAGAGGCGCCCGGCGCAGAGCGACAUGGUGAAGCUGCUCGAAUCACUGAACCUGCUGGUGUCCCACGGCAUCGGAGAGAUCAAUUUGAAGUUGAAGGUGAUGUGGGACACGAUCGUGCGCAUGGCUACUGGCGAGGUCGAUGCGCUCAGUGCGAACUCGCUCAAAAGUGAACUCGUCGUGCACUUCGAGGACAUGAAACGCAGGUGCUCCGUGAGCUUGAAGGACGCGUGCAGCAACGAGGACGAUUGGGCGAACGUAGUCAAGACCGCUUUCAAAGAGGCUGUGGAAAAGCUCCUCGCCACCCAGGACCACCUGCUCAAGUUGACGGAGUUCUUCGAGAAGUCGGCGCAGUUUAUCGUCGAGAUUGCGACUGCCCUGGCUGCUUCUGACGGCACCAUAUGCUCGGACUCCCCGGAGGGCCAGUUGCUGAUGCAGGCCUUCACUACCAUCAAGGCCACCAUUCCCCGUCACCAGGAACGGAUCGUGAGGGACCAGUUGAAGCAGUUCGAGGCGGCUGCAGGGAUUGCGAAGGUCGGCACCUCGAAGUACUUGACCGACCUCGCCGAGUUCAAGACGGACGUCGCCUCGUACGUGUCUCGCGCCAUCGAAGUCUACGGAGCCGACGAGAGGCAGGACAUGGACAAGCCCAGUUCCAAGUUGGAGCAGGAUGCUCUGUUCAGGUUGAACCAGCAGACUUGCUAUUCGGAGACGCCGACCCUGGAUCGGGCAGGGAUCGCUUUCGCUGCGGACGUCCUCAUCCCCAUCUGCAAAACGAGCGCCUCCUUCAACGCGAAGACCGCUGCCCCGAAUGCCAUGGCGUUGCUGGCGGGCAACGCGGCGGUCAAGGGGGCCUUGUCCGCCAUUCUCGAUUUGGAGACCUCCACGCAUCAGCUGCAGUGGUACAUCGACGAGGAUAUGACAAAGAAGGUGAUUGACAUGGCUCGGGGUGCCCAGGAGGCGUUAGUCCCCUUGCUGGAGAAGGAGGCGAAAGAGCUGAAGGUCAAGCUGAACAGGGUGAUGCACAAGCUCACGCCGAUGACGGUCAAGGAUGAGGUCGCCUCGGACGUCGACAAGCUCUACUCGGCCCUCUCUCAGAAGAAGCUGGGUGAGAUGCGGACGUAUCGCUCGCAGAUCGCUGAUAUCUUGGCUCAGUUCGAGAAGAUCGACCCGAAGUGGAGCACGGAGUAUGAGCAGGAUAUCAACGCGGCGAAUGCCCUGAGCACUCGCGCCCGCAUGCAGUGCAUCAAGUACGGCGUGGUCGCGUUCGUGAAGGCCCCCAACAUCAGCAAUAUGGACAGCGAGGGCCAGAUGGCCAGGCAGAAUUUGUCCUCCGUGUGGGACUCCCACAAGGGCGACCCGGCCAUCGUCGAGUACUUGGGCGACAGCGUGACCAGCGAGGUCAAGAACUUGCUCGCCCUGGACAAGCAGCAGGGCGGGGCCAGGAAGAGGCGGGCGGCACAGCUGCCGGCCGCUGAGCCAGAUGUGAAGGGGGCCGAACCUGAGGAAGGCGACGAGGCCGAGGAGGAAGAGGGCGAGCUCGUGGACGAGGACGCCGGGGACGGCGAGGCGGCCUCUUCGGGGCGCGGCGGCCGCGGCGGAAGGGGGCCCAGCCCUCUUGAGGAGAGAUCGGGCAGGGCGUCUUAG